AUGCGACCACAGUCGACGCCGCUCGCCCGGGCGACUUGUCGCAACCCGCACAUCCUUCGACGGGCACCAUGCGGAGCGCGUGGCUUUGCGGGAGUCACGCAAACAACUCUGCUACACAUUGAGACCCGUCGCCCUAUUCUUUCUUCUCAGCGGUCUGAGAGCACAUCGCAACAGAAGAAAUCUAUUACACAGGCAUACAUACAACGGAUGAAAGAUGGAAAGAAAGAAUGGGCUGCGCACGCCGAAGAAAUCAAGGCUGGGAAGCGGAAGAACUUUGCGGCUCACCUGGAAGAACGAGGGCUCAUCCAUGAUGUUGUCGGAGAACGAGAAUUGUUGCACCAGGUCUUCACGGAGAAGCGAACCGGAAUCUACGUCGGAAUCGACCCUACUGCGCCCUCGAUGCACGUCGGACACAUGUUGCCUUUCAUGGUAUUGGCCUGGGGAUACGUCUGGGGUCUUCCAGUGACCUUCCUGUUGGGCGGUGCUACAUCUCGAGUCGGCGACCCCACGGGACGUUUAAAGGGACGUGAAGCAGUGCAUUCAUCGAUUCGCAAGGCAAAUAUGGCCAGCAUGCACAUGCAACUGAAGAAGUUGGGCUCGAGCAUCGAACAUUACGGCCGGAGACACGGUUAUCAGAGAAAGCCAAUUUGGAAGCGCGCAUUGAUCAACAACAACACGUGGUGGAACUCCAUGCCGUUUAUCGAAGUAUUGCGGGACCUCGGCGCAUUCAUGAGACUUGGACCUAUGCUCGGCAGAGACACUGUCAAAACCCGACUGAAUCAAGGCGACGGCAUGUCGUUUGCGGAGUUCUCAUACCCUCUUCUCCAAGCAUGGGAUUGGUGGACGUUAUUCCAAAAAGGAACCCAGGUACAAGUGGGAGGGUCCGAUCAGUAUGGAAACAUCCUCUUCGGCAUGGAUGCUGUCAAGGCCAUCAGCCGCAAUACUGCCAUUGAAAUUAAACAAGACCCCCUCGAGUCCGAGCUGGACCGGCCCAUUGGCUUCACCACACCCUUGUUGACAGCACCGUCCGGCGAGAAGUUCGGGAAAUCGGCUGGCAAUGCUAUUUGGCUCGACAAGGACAUGACCUCCACCUUCGAGCUUUACCAGUUCUUCGUUCGUACACCCGACGAUGCGGUAGAGCGCUACCUAAAGCUGUUUACCUUUGUGCCCUUGCCUGAGAUUGCCUCCAUCAUGGAGCAACAGAAACAGGACCCGGCCAAGCGGGUGGCCCAGCAUCUCCUCGCUUAUGAAUUUGUUGAACUGGUUCAUGGAAGAGAGGAGGCCGAUGCAGUGUCGCUCCAACACCGUCAGCUGUUCCGCUCACGCUCCUCUACCGCUGAACCUUCGCCCAUGCCUCGCAAGCCGAACACCGCCGGGAACCCGCAGUCUCCAACAGCGCAAUUUGAGAACCCUCAAUCAGGCAAUCAAUACGCUUCUCAGACGAACUUCGCCAACAUGCCCAACGCUAGGGUCACCCUCCCCAGGUCCCUGGUCUACAACCAACAAUUUAACAAGAUUCUCUGGUCGGCCGGUCUUGUCUCAUCCAAGGGCGAGGGCCAUCGUGUGAUCACGAACAAUGGAGCAUAUGUGGGCAGUCGUCCUGGCGACAGCGGCCCCAUGUCGGACGAUCUCGCUUUCACCCCCAUCCGGCCCUGGCCCUCUGAUAAGACCCAGGAGUACAUCAUGAAUGACAACCUUUUGAUGCUGAAAUUGGGCAAAUGGAAGUUCAAGAUGGUGGAGAUCGUCAGUGACGAGGACUUCCGCGCACGAGGGCUCACAGCUCCAGGCUGGGAGGAGCUGAACAGUCCGGCCGAGUCGAUCCAGUCGACCGAGUCGAACGAUUGA